AUGGGGUGGUGCCGUGGACUGGGAAUGUGCUUUUGCGCGUUCUCGCUGUUUGUGGUGAUGCUGGGCUCAUAUCUUGCAAUGCACAUCCCCGAGCUGGAGGAAGUGCUGGCGGAACUGAACCAGCCACAUGAAGAGCCCUUCGACUGGCACGAUUAUAUCUUUGGCGACAGAGACGAGCCGGAACCGAAGUCGCCUCUUGAGCUGGCUUGUCGCUUAGGAGAUGUGAAUGCUGCGAGGGCUGCCAUCUCGUCUUCAUCGGCAACCGACCUCAACGCAGCCCUAUGCGAGAGCUGCAAGAGAAACAACACCGCUGUCGUCCAGCUGCUGCUCGAACACCCGCAGAUGGACGUGAAUGCUGCGCCAGAGGGGAACACUCCUCUAUUCUUUGCUGCGAUAUACAAUGAACCCGAAAUCAUCAGACUCUUGCUCGACCACGGCGCCGAUCCAUCGAUAAAGUCAAACGGUGAUCAUAGAGGGAGCGAGUAUUCUCCUGCAAAUUUGACGGCGCUCCAUGGACUAGGACGGGGAAUAAAUGGUAACCACCAUCCUGACCGCGACGAAAGGCUGAAUCGCGCCGCGGCGCUUUUGAUAGACGCCGGGGCCGAUGUCCAUGCCGUUGACAGCUGGGGCGACACUCCCCUCCAUGCAUGCCUUCAUAGCCGAGCGCCUUUUUUUAAACUGCUGCUCGGCGGCGGUGCAGAUCCAAAUGCUCAAAACGACCAAGGGGGCACCCCGAUGCACUUCUUCUUCGACCUGGGGGAACGGCCGGAGGACCUCGAGGUGCUCAUGGCUCAUGGAGCGAGACUGGAUAUUGUACGCACAUCGGAUGGAUUAACUCCCCUGCACUUUCAUCUGCCCAGUCUCAACAAUAUCUCAGCUCUGCGGCCCUACGUCUCCGACUGGGGGGUGGUUGAUGCAGAGGGGAGCACGCUGCUUCACCGGGCGGUUGCGAAGCAUCGCGUGGGCAACAAGGUCAUUUCAGAGCUGUUGGAGCUGGGGAUCGAUCCUAACCAGAGGGAUAACGAGGGGUGCCAGGCCAUCCAUAUGAUUAGCUGGUUCGAUGUUUUGCAGGAGAUCCUGGACAUGCUGCUGCCGGCUGGGGCUGACCUCGAGGCCAGAGACUACCAGGGACGUACGCUCUUAGCCCGAUUGAUGUAUCACGGUCCUAGCUACGACUAUUAUCAGACCCUACCGGCUCUGAUAUCCCUCGGGGCGGACUUGAACACCAAGGACAACGAUGGAAACGGCGUCCUGAGCUAUACAUUUAAACGGCAUACCUGGCACUUUGACCACUUCAACUAUCUCCUCUCAAUAGGGGCAGAUCCUCAUAUCACCAACAACAAUGGGGAUACUCUUUUACACCUCCUGGCCGCUAAUCUUGCCACUAUAACGGAUGAUACUAUGCUGAACGCCAUGAUCAAAUUGAUACAGCUGGGGGUGUCUCCCACUCAAACAAACUACCAGGGAAUGACCGCGCUGCAUAUUAUCUGCAGCGAGCCAUCUGAAAAACUGUUCACCCCGUCUAUCUUCGGUGCCAGUGUUUCCAUUGACCUGCUCCUCGACGCAGGCUUGAUAGACAGUCUAAACCAGCCCGACCACGACGGCAUACUCCCAAUCCACCUAGCAGCAGCAAAAUCCGAAGUCCUAGUGGGAAAGCUCAUUGUACGAGGCGCAGAUACCACUGCUACUACAAAUGACGGCCGCAAUUUGUUACAUAUCGCUGCGGCUGCCGGACAGGGCAACGUGGUUGGACUCCUGCUGGAGCACCAUGCAUACAUUGACAAACUCGCGCUGGUCAAUGCACGCCGCAAGAAACGCGGCUACACCCCGUUGCAUGAGGCAUCACGCUCAGGUCAAUUGGAGACCGUCUCGUUAUUGCUUGAGGCCGGGGCGGACGUCAGUGUAGCCGACAAUGGCGGCGAGCGGCCCAUUAUACAUGAAUUGUCGCGGUACGAAGGCAGUGAACUCAUUACACACCUGACAGACCGCAUGGCCGAAGACGGCUGGAUCAAUAGGUGGCAAGAUGGUCAUUCCUAUCUCCUCUUCGCUACCCAAAGCCAACUACCGAAUUUAGAGACUAUCAAGGCCAUUGUUGAAGACCUCGGCGUUGAUAUUAACGAGCGAUACACCGAAGAUACUCAAACCAGACCACCUCGGUGGUUUACCUCCAUGGCGCAUGCGGCCCGCGAGUACGAACUUGGGGAUACAGCUCUCCAUUACCUUGCAAAGGGCGGACAUUGGUGGCGCAAGGAGGCCAUCAAGUAUCUUCUCCAGCACGGGGCUGAUCCAAAUGCCAGGAAUGAUAAUGGCAAGACCCCCUUAGCACUCGCAGUACAAGAACAACUUUAUGGCGGUUAUCUGCAAAAGGAUAUUACGAGGAUACUUCUCGAAGGCGGAGCUGACCCUAAUAUCCCUGCUUCCUGUGGUCAUACCCCCCUGGCCCUAGCCGGACGCGAUACAGAGCUGGUCAAGCUCCUCCUCGAGCACAGCGCACAGCCAUCGCAAGAAGACCCCGAGGAACUCUUCUCAGCGCUUGAAACCUACAAUCUCGAAGUCGUCAAGCUCCUGCUAGACACAGGGCUGGAUCUGAACACAAUCAUUCUAACAGAAACGCAGCCUCACUGGCAUCUACACCGUCUUCCAAAACCCGAAGCUACCAGCGACAGCCCAACUGUCCGCCCACUCGAGUACAUCUCAAUGCGAGCCUUCAACGAAGCCCAUGCACGAGACCAAGCAAUCGAAUUGAUAAAACACCUCCUCGCCAACGGCGCAAACCCCUAUCUCUCCUCUUCCGCGAACCGCAGUACAAUCCUGCACUACAUCUUCGCCGACGGAGGAAUCAUCCAGCCCUAUCUAGAACUGGAAGAUCUCGACCUCGAACGCCGCGAUCCAGCCGGCCGAACCCUCCUCAUCACAGCCGCAAUGUCCGAUGUCGGAACAAACGGAUACGCAUUAGAUGUGCCCUUGUUCCUGUCCCCUGGCGGGCGGCUUCCACCGGUCCCUUACGCCGCGGGAGACACGACCCGCGCAAUGGCGCUGUAUGAGCGCGGAGCUAAUCUCACGGCUACCGAUAACAUGGGGAAUAAUGUAAUUCAUUUGCUGGUUGAGCACGACUGUAAGCAUGAAAAUGGAUUGGUUGAUGCCCAUUGCGAGACGGAGUAUCGGAGGACGCUGGAGCUGUUCCUGGAUAAGGCGCCGCAGUUGGCGACGCAGAAGAAUAAGGACUGGCUGUGGAGGACGCCGUUGGCAAAGGCAAAGGCUUUGAAGACUGAGUGGGCUGUUGAGGCCUUGACGGAGUUUCUUGAGUCUGCUUGA